CCAACAUUUGCGCUUUGAUGCCGUCUCAUUUCAAAACGAGGAAAUUACCCACAAUGCCUUUCGCGUAGAGACAGUUAUUGCGCAAUCAGACUGGAUUAUACCAAACGAAAAUAAUGUGGGGUAGAUUGUAAAAUCAACUCAAAUUUGGAAUAUCAUUAUUCAUAAACAAUGACCACAGAUAUCCCAGCAAUAUUCUUAUGCCGAUUGUGACAUAUUCCGUUAUUCCAUUUGAGGUUCCUUAGAACCAUGCGUUUCAAAACAUUCGAACAGGAUUCUACCGUGAAAUAUACUGAGUGUGUUGGGCGUUUUCAAUACAGGAAGCCGUUUCCAAACUUAUUGGGUCCAAUUACAAACAUAUCAAUUUGAAAAAUCGCCUCGGACAAUAGCUUAUUGUCCACAUGGAUUAUGACACGUAGAUUAUGACGUCACUUCACCAUAAACAUUGACGCACUUUCUAAAGUGAGGGAACAUGAACCCGACUGCAGACCGAAGGGAAAGAGGACGGCGGGGCAGCAGGAGCGUCGCAGCUCUCCGGACAUGGAGCCAGAACUCCCUCCACAAGGCCCGCAGCGUCCUGUCGGACAUAGGCGGGUACCUGGCCGUUACAGAGGAGGGUCGUCUGGACGAGUGGAAGGAGAGACUGCGCCGGUCUGCUUCGAGAGGCAGCAUCGGCUUCAGUCUAGACGACUUGGUUUCCAGAAAAGACUCGGAGGAUCCAGCUCUGACCAGACUAGAAAAGGUGCUGUUCGAAGACAACAGACCAGAGUUCGGGUCACAAGGUGCAGAUCUAGACUUGCAAAACGAAAGUCCCGACUUCGGAAAGGCGCUGUUCACGUCACCAGAGCUGACAGGCGAGAGACAAGAGAGACCGGAUCGUUCCUCGUCAAAUUUGGCGGGAACAGUGAGCGCACAUGGUGAGCACAUUGAUGACGGACAACAUUUGGCAGACGACAGGAGGAUCCUUAUACAAGUAUGUCCAGCAGACGGAGAGAGCACACAUGACAGGGCAUUUUAUACUCCUACCGUUAAAGACCACCACCUCGUCCCUGAGACAAAAUUCUCACCUGAUGCACUGUUUGUGCCCCGUCGAUUGGGCGACGGUUCAGUACCAAGGAAAGCAACCAAACGCGAAGACACGUCAGGCGAGUACGGACGUUCUGCCUCACGGUCUCUGUCCAUGCUUCACGCCAAGCCCCGUAUACUCGAUGGUUCUCGCACCUCUCCUUUCUACUCACUCUAUACGGGGGCUUACAAACUGCCUCUAAAAGAGUCCACGGAGCUCGGCGUCUCCUCAUUCACACGGCAGCAACAGUCAUUGAGGAGGUCCACAGACAUCAUAAGUCCGGGUCGGAGACCGCUUCGGCCAUCUUCUCCUUCCGCGCCCGAGCAAAAAAGGUCUGCCGUCUGUUUCUCUGGGGAAGUAUCCGUCACCGAGUUUGUCCCUACGCGUGAUCUGAGUCCCCGUUCUUCAGAAGAGGAAUCGCCAGUCUCAAUGAGUGCCUCUCCCGAGGCGGAUGAUCAGCAUCCAUUGCCAGAAUCUGUAUCAGAAUCUCGGCAUCGGAAAUACAUCAGACGAAUCGUGAAGCGUCUGAAGAAAUCUCCGAGCAAAUCUAUCCUCAAGGUCAUUUGUCCAGAAAUCUGGACCCUUGAUCUGUCGUCUGAUGACGAGCCUUCUGGGAGUUUCGGACAUCGUGAGUCUCCUGAAGCUGCAGGGGGAGUGGAGGAAGGACCGCCAGACAGACGGGUCAGUGGCGAAGGGAUGACUGCAGGUCGGACGGGACUGAAACACUACAGACCACUCAAAGAGGAAAACGGGCAACAGUUCCAUGAUAUUGGAUCUAAGGAAGCGCUGAGAAUGACCCUGCUGAACAGAAAAGAGUCCAUCAGAUCUGCUCUAAAGGAGGCACAGGAGAAGUACGGGAAGACGUUGUCUGAAGCGGAGACGGCGCUGUUUGAGGAGACAGCAGACGACAAGUUGAUGAUCCCGCGGCGGGACCACCCUUACGUGCGCGCACAGAUGGACGCCCUCCCUGUGUACAGUCCUAUAGUCAUUCUCAUCAUCAGCAUCGCACAGAUUAUCGUCUUCGGGACAUUCUGUGCCUUAGGAGGAGUCGCUGACAUCGCCCUGGAGCACACCGUCGUGACGGCCAACAACAUCCACACCUUCAUGGGGAGGGAGAGCGUCCAGCGGGUCACAACACCCAACCUGUGGAUCGGACCCACCAUGAGAUACUGGAUAAGUCAGGGUGCGACGUUCGCGCCGUGCAUGCGCGAUGACUACGUCACUAACCUGUACCUGGCGCAGGCGCAGUUUGACCUGUCCGUCCCGCUGGGCUGCUGCGAGCUGCCGGCACGUGACCUGGCCGGGACCACCACUCAGGCCGAGUGCGACACUCUCACAGGCGGCACAGGAAGCUGGCGCGCCACCCCGUGCGGGUCGCGGCUGGCAGGAGAGAGCGCCACCGCCGCGCACAUCAUGAGACCCUGCUGCUACGGCAUUAUGGGGAAAUGUAAGCUCACCACCCUGCAGCACUGCACGUUUGUGAACGGCGUGUUCAGUCAGUACGGAGAGGAGCACUGCAGCAAGGUAAAUUGUCUAGCUGAGACCUGCGGUCCCGGUGACCUAUCGUCGGACUCAGCCCAGCCGUACAAACCGCGCCCGUCCGCCCUGACCAAUCAGUGGUGGCGCUGGCUGCUGUCGCCAUGGUUACACGCCGGGCUGAUCCACCUGAUCCUGGUGGUGGCCGUGCAGUGCAUUGUGGGAGUGCGCAUAGAGCGCAUGGUGGGCGGGGUCCGCCUCGCCAUCGUCUACCUCAUCUGCGGGGCCGGCGGGAACAUGGUGCGAAGCAUCAGUGGCCAUUUAUAUAUUUAUUUUUCAUUUUUUGUUCUCCCUCAGACAGGAGCAGUGUUCUCCCCCUACAGCCCGCAGAUGGGCGGGUCCGCCGCGGCGUGCGGGCUCCUGGGCUGCGCCUGCGUGGAACUGCUGCAGGCCUGGAGACUCGUCCCCAGGGCGCUGUGCAAGCUGCUGACCCUCCUGACGGUUCUUGCGGUCCUGUUCACGGCGGGAACCCUGCCCCUGGUGGACAACUGGGCCCAGCUCGGGGGGGUUGUGUUCGGUCUGCUGUCGGCGCUCGUGUUUCUGCCAUACAUCGUGCUGGGGAGGUGGGACGCCCGCAGGAAGAGGUGUCUGGUGGUGUUCGGUUUCGUCAUGAUUGUCCUGAUGUAUUCCGUGCUGCUUAUGAUGUUUUAUUACGUCCAGGGUGACUUCUGCCCUGUCUGUAAACACUUCAACUGCAUUCCUUACACCACUGAUGCCUGCCACCAGCCGGAGGACAACUAUCCAUAGAUUACAAAUGAUAAUAGUGCAAUAAAUUGAGUCAGACAUUAAAACA